UGUGACGCCACACGGAAGACUUGAGGAAACACUGGCUGGUGCGGUAUCUGAAAGAAUCGACCUUCAUUUCUGAUUGAGUAGCUAGCGCAUGGAUCUGCCGGUUGACCACCGGAAUGCAUGUCGUCGGUUGUGUGCCGUGACCGGCGGGCGGGGAUUCAUGGCCAGGCACCUGGUGAUGGCGCUGCUCCGCUCCGGUGAUUGGCGUGUUCGGAUCACCGACUUGGGCUCCGACGCUGCCUUGUCACCGGCUGAAGAUGAUAGGCUUCUUGAAGCAGCCCUCCGCGACGGCCGCGCCACCUACGUCCCGGCUGACGUCUGCAAAUUAGAGCAUCUUACAAAAGCAUUUGAAGGGGUAGAUACCGUUUUCCAUACUGCUGCGCCAGAUCAUAGCAACAACAACUUCCAACUUCAUUACAAGGUCAACGUCCAGGGGACAAAGAAUGUCAUCGAGGCUUGUAAGGAAUGCAAGGUUAAAAAGCUCAUAUACACAAGUUCCAGUGGAGUUGUAUUCGACGGAGUUCAUGGCCUCUUUGGCGUAGAUGAAUCAACACCUUAUCCAGAUAAGUUUCCCGAUGCAUACACGCAAACGAAGGCGGAAGCAGAAAAGCUAGUAAUCAAAGCCAAUAAAGUAAAUGGCCUUCUCACUUGUUGUAUACGUCCAGGCAGCAUUUUUGGUCCUGGUGACAUGAUAGUGCCAAUUUUAGUUUCUUAUGGAGGAAUUAUAUUAAUUAUUGGCGAUGGCAAGAAUUGUGAUGAUUUUGUAUAUGUUGAGAAUGUGGUGCAUGGUCAUAUAUGUGCUGAGAAAACUCUUUCGACCAAACAUGGUGCAAAGAGAAGUGGAGGCAAAGCCUACUUUAUUACUAAUAUGGAGCCAGUGAAUAUGUGGGACUUUUUUUAUAUGUUAUUGGAAGAACUUGGAUACAAAAGCCGAUUCAGACUACGAAUAGCUUCAUAUCUUCUCAUGCCUAUAACACAUCUCGUAGAAUGGAGCUACAACAAUAUAUUCUCUCUCUAUGGGAUGCGGCAACCUGGUGCCCUAACAUCCGCAAGAAUUAAAUAUGUGACACUAAAUAGAACAUUCAACUGCAACAAUGCUAGUAAACAUCUUGGUUACAGACCAAUAGUGUCACUCAAGGAGGGAGUAAACAUGACUAUUGAAUUCUAUAAGAAGUUAAGAGCAUGAGAUAUGCACAUUUAUCUUGGAAGAAAAAGGGUGCCGAGUUAAACCAAUGCCAACCCCUUGCACCAAACAAUGUCUAGAUAUAUAGAUUUGUAUUAGUCAAAGCGCAAUGGUGAUAUGAGAUUAUAUUAAGACAUAAAGUCUGUUGCACCUACAUUACCAUGAAUUGUAUGAAGGAAAGAACAUAUACUUGUAAAUGUUCAUAUU